CGCACGGAAAAAGAUAAAAACUGGAAAAACCGCGCAAACCCUACUUCAUCUCUAGUGGCCGCCGAUUUCCCGCCCGUGGUUGCCUGCUUGUGGUCGCCGAUUUCCUCCGAGAGUAAACGCUCGUAACCAGCGUCGGUAGGCUGGAGGUCUCUAUAAUAUAAUUCCUUCUUUAGAUUCAAGUCAUCAGAAAGCUUGCAAGUUGUAAUAAUGGGCAAACCAACCUCUCGGUCGGAUUCGAAAUCUAAAGCCGAACGCAAAUUUGAAAAGAAGAUACAAUUCUAUGAGAGAGUUGGUGAAACUAUUGCUACCUUAAAUGCUCAAAAGACUAUUACUAAGAAGAAACUUCGAAGACGUAAAAGGGAUUUGAAGGCUUUCGAUCUUACUGCUCUAUCAGAAUUUCUUCCUGGAUUGAAGACUCCCAAACAAAAAACUUCUGACACCGAGUUAAAAGUAAAUUGCAAGUCUAGGCUAAAGUUUGUAUUGAAGGAAACAAAGCAAAUGGGUACAGUUCUUAAUCACCCUGCAUUCCAGGCAGACCCCUUGGGAGCUAUUCAUCUACAUUUAGAGAGCACACAACCAGUUGAGGAAACGAAGAAAAAGAAGACGAACAGAAAUGGGAGCAAGAAAAGGAAAGAGAAAAAGUCCAAAGCCACUGCAAAACCUUCAUCUAUGGAGAUGUGACUUAUCUCUCAUUGGAUUUCUUUUGCCAUAUUAAGCCUAUAGCUUUUUUUUCAGCCCGAGAAGUUUGUUCGGACGUAACUCUUCUACUAAGAGGUAAGAAGUUCAAAUUGUCAGCUCGAUCUUGCUUUCUUAAUUUUGAUUAUAAGAACCCCUAGAAUUCAUGGG